AUGGCCACCGAUGCUCCUCAUGUUCUUGUAGUUGAUGAUACAUUUCUUGAUCGUCUUGUGGCAUCUCAUGUCCUGAAGAGUUGCAACAUUCGAGUGACUAUUAUGGAGGGUCCAAAGCAAGCCUUGGAGUUUCUAAAUGAACAUGAUGUGAAGUUGAUUCUGACUGAUUAUUGUAUGCCUGAUAUGACUGGGUAUGAUCUUCUAAUGGAGAUUAAGGAAUCACCUAAGCUGAAGCACAUUCCUGUGGUGAUCAUGUCCUCUGACAACAUCCCUGAAAGGAUGAAAAAGUGCUUGGAUGCAGGGGCAAAGGAGUAUAUCAUUAAGCCUCUCACUGCUGUUGACGUGCCCCGUGUUUUGAGUUACAUUUGA